AUGGCAGGCCCAUUACUAUUACAACCUGUAAACUGGAGUGCCUUAGGGUAUCCAAUACUAGACACUGCGGCAUCGUACCCGUACGUCAUAGAGGUAAAGAAUGGUACCAAAAUUACUUUAUAUGAUGAGGGACCAGCAGCAAUCAGUGAGGGUGACAUUUAUAAGUUGCAACUAAAUACAGCACAGAUGCAAGUGAACGGGAAAUGGUAUCAAAUUGGGGCCGUGCAUAGUGAUGGGAAGUAUUUACGUAUAUCCAAUGAGUUUGUUAGACAUGCUAGGUUGGACACAUUAAAUAGUACUAAUUUUGCGUCAUUUGAAGCAGCUGAAGAUUACAUCAGAGAACUUGAGGAUGAGAUGGGUGACCAAAGUGCUACUGAUGAGAUGACCAUUGGGUACUUUAAGGGAAUGUUAUCCGCUAAAGGGAAGUCAUUAAAUGACGGCAAUACAGAAGUGAUCAUAAAAUUUGAAGAUAGAUAA